AACUUUUUCAUGUCGGAAAAAGUUGGGGCACGAACGUUUUUCGCACUAAACCACACUUGCGGUGGAGUUUCAAGUGGAGGAUUGGGCAUGAUCUAGCAGACGCGAGAAUUGGGCUGAAUUCUCCGUGACAAACUUUGCGAGAAUGCGGGCGAUUCUCUGGCGUAGGCGGAAGUCGGAAGGACUUCCCCUGUUAAAUUAGCGAGAAUUUUUAGAAUUCUCCUGGGGGCAAAGUUUGGGAGAAUGGAAGCAUUCUCCAGGAGUAGGCGGAAAUCCUUGGGAUUUCCCGGAAUGAUCAUGCAUCCUGAAAAUCGGAAGUAUUCUGAUUUAGGUGAAAACUGGGUUUCACGAAAUAGGUUAUGUGAAGACGAAGUAGUAGAGCAGUUGGCGUCAUGAAGCUUCAUGGCCAAACAAGUGAGGUUAGGUCGGUGUUUGUAGUCGCAGAAGUAGGCGAUAUUGAUACGGUUUGUUUACAAAUCAGUGUUCUACUACUAAAACAGCCAGUUGAUAUUUGAACAGUAUGGAAUUGUUGAUACUGAACGUCUUUGUAUCUGUAUUGUUGUAUUUCAGAUGGAUGAUUCGCGGGCUGUUCCAGCAUUCCGGUGCGAUAGAAUCGAGGCCAGCAAGCUGGCUCGAGAAUGGAAAGCGUGGAAGAAAGGAUUAGAGUGCUAUUUUGCGGCCUACGGCGUAACGGACCAAAAAGUUAUGCGUGCAAAGAUGUUGCACUUAGGUGGUUCGGCAUUGCAGACGGUUUUCAAAAACCUGGAAGAUCACGAUCACGUCCCGCUGGUCACUUUGGUUCCUCGAUGGUAUGAUGCGGCGAUCGAAAAACUUGACGCAUUCUUCGAGCCAAGACAUCAAAGUACUUCCGAACGAAAGAAGCUCCGGCAAAUGAAGCAGAACCCCGGUGAGCGAUUUGCAGAUUUCGUCAUCCGUCUGAAGCAGCAAGUGGCCGAGUGCGGGUUCGAAAAAUAUGGUGCAGAAAUCGAGCAGGUUUUGAAAUCCAUUCAUUUGACGGAUGCCGUUGUCGAGGGGUGUUCUUCGAACGAUGUGCGCAGGAUGAUAUUGUUGAAGGAUUUGUCGUUUGCGGACAUCGAAGCUUUCGGAAUUGCUCAAGAAGGCGUGGAUCAGCAGUUGGUGGAGAUAACGACCACCCAAUCGGAACCUCGUUCAACGGGAAACGUUUACAGUGCCUCACAAAGUCGGGAUCGGUUCGCUGCGGUAAAAACCACUUCAAGCAAGAUGAGAUUGACGAAGACAUGCUUCAAUUGCGGUCGACAAGGACAUCUAUCAAGUUCGUUGGCGUGCCCGGCACGUGGGAAGCAAUGCCACAGCUGUAAAAGCUACGGGCAUUUCGAGAAGCUGUGUCGCAAACGAAAGCCAGCACGUACAGAAGCAUCGGAGAAGAAGCAGAUUCGAGUGAUCGAGAGUGUCAACCACGAAGCCAUCGAAAAAGCGACCAAAUGCGAAGAAACUGCGGCACCCGACAAGGUGUAUUAUGCCUUUUACUCGGGAAACGAAUCCAACACACUCACCUGUAUUGUCGGUGGUAUUCCAACAGAGAUGCUGGUGGAUUCGGGCGCGGAUGCCAAUUUGAUCAGCGAGACAGCGUGGAUCAAAAUGAAGGAUAGUCAAGUUUCGGUGAAGUCGUCGACCAAAGGGAGUAACCGUGUACUGAUGGCGUAUGGCAGCAAUAAUCCGUUGACCAUUCUGGGAUCCUUCGUUGCUGACAUUACCGCCGGAGUAAAGACCACUCAAGCUGAGUUCCUCGUUGUCAAGGGUGGGCAACGUUGCCUCCUUGGAGACCAGACAGCAAAACGACUGGGAGUUUUGCAGGUUGGCUUGCACAUCAAUCGUGUCGAGAGCCCUCUACAGCCGUUCAGUAAAAUAAAAGGAAUUGUGGCACAUAUUCGUAUGGACCCUGAUGCUAGUCCAAUUUUCCAACCGAUGCGCCGUAUUCCGUUGCCGUUGGAGGAAGCAGUUGCGAACAAAAUCAACGAACUAUUGCAGCGUGACAUCAUCGAACAUAAAACAGGCCCCACUAGCUGGGUGUCACCGCUGGUCGUCGUAGGGAAGGCAAACGGUGAGCCGCGAUUAUGCCUCGAUCUUCGGCGGGUGAACGAAGCAGUCCUCCGUGAACAUCAUCCGAUGCCGGUGGUGGAAGACUACAUGGCGCGAUUGGGAAGAGGAACAAUUUGGAGUAAAUUAGACAUUCGCGAAGCGUUCCUGCAGAUUGAGUUAGCGGAGGAAUCCCGAGACGUUACGACCUUCAUGACAAACCGUGGGCUGUUUCGCUUCAAGCGAUUGCCUUUCGGUUUAGUAACCGCACCUGAGCUUUUCCAAAAAGCUAUGGAUGAGAUGUUGGCGGGAUGCACGGGUACCUACUGGUACCUCGACGAUAUAAUUGUCGAGGGAAAGGACGUUGAAGAGCACGACAAACGCCUUGAAAAGGUUCUGGCAAUAUUGAAGGACAGGGGAGUCGAGCUCAGAUGGGAGAAAUGUGAACUUCGUGUGGCUGAGCUAGAGUUCUUGGGGCACCAAAUCUCGGAAAAGGGGAUAUGUCCUUCGGAGUCGAAAGUGGCAGCUUCGAUGUCUUUCCGAGAACCUCAGAAUGAAGCGGAGACUUUUGAACAAGGGUACUAA